AUGAACCCCAUCAUUACCGCAAAUGCUGAAUUCUGCCUUGAUGUGUUCAAAGAGCUGAACAGUAACAAUGUGGGUGAAAACAUCUUCUUUUCCUCACUCACUGUGUAUUAUGCUCUAAGCAUGAUCCUUCUGGGAGCCAGAGGAAAGAGUGCUGAGCAAAUGGAAAAGGUGCUCCACUAUGACAACUUUUCAAAAUUCUUAAAGCCAAUGAUGAAAAAUUCUUCUGAGUGCAGCCAAGGUGCAAGGAUGCAUCGUGAGUUCCGAACCCUGCUGUCUCAGAUCAACCAACACAACUCCCUCAGCAUGGCUAACCGGAUCUAUGGGUCGAAGGCGAUAACAUUCCACAAGCAAUAUUUAAGGUGUUCUGAGAAACUGUACCAAGCCAAACUGCAAAGUGUUGAUUUUGAACUAUCUACAGAAGAAACAAGGAAAACUAUUAAUGCUUGGGUUGAAAAUAAAACUAAUGGAAAAGUCAGAAACUUAUUUGGAAAGGGUACAAUUGAUCCAUCCUCUGUCCUGGUCCUGGUGAGUGCCAUAUAUUUCAAGGGACAAUGGCAAAAUAAGUUCCAGAAAAGAGAGACAGUGAAAGCUCCAUUUCACAUAAGUGGGGGUGAAAGCACAGUGGUGGACAUGAUGCAUCAGACUGGAACAUUUAAGAUGGCCUCCAUAAAGGAGCCGCAGAUGCAAGUUCUUGAGCUCCCCUACGCCAACAGCAAACUAAGAAUGGUCAUCCUGCUUCCAGGGGGUGCUGCUGGUGUACAGCAGAUAGAAAAACAGCUGAAUGUGAAGAUGCUUAAAGAGUGGACCAGCCCUCCUAACAUGGUGGAAAGAGAAGUGGAAGUUCACAUCCCCAAAUUCAAUCUUUCAGUAAAAUACGACCUAAAUGCCCUAUUGAAAUCCCUAGGCGUGAGGGACAUCUUCAACGUGGCCAGAGCGGAUCUUUCUGGAAUGUCACCAGACAAGGGCCUCUACUUAUCUAAGGUUGUUCACAAGUCAUGCGUGGAUGUCAACGAAGAGGGCACAGAGGCGGCGGCAGCCACUGGGGAGAGUAUUGCUGUGAAACGGCUCCCUGUUGCAGUUCAGUUCACAGCCAAUCGUCCUUUCCUGUUCUUUAUCUGGGAUGAGCUUGCCAACAUUUUAUUUGCUGGCAAGUUUGCUUCUCCAUAG